AUGUCUGAUGGUAGUGGAUUUGAUUAUUUUAGAACAAUAGUAAGUGGAAGAAAAAAAAGAUUUAUACAAGAUGGAUUCAAUUUAGAUUUAUCAUAUAUUACAGAAAGAAUUUUAGCAAUGGGUUACCCAGCCGAUAGUAUCCACAAAGCAUUUAGAAAUGAUAUAAACGAAGUUUAUAAUUUUUUUGAAAAAUAUCAUUCUGCUCAUUGGAAAAUAUUAAAUGUUGCAAUGGAAAUUUCAUAUAGUACAACUAAAGUUGGUGGAAAUGUAAUUGUUAUGGGAUUUGAAGAUCAUACACCACCACCAUUUUUAUUAUUAUUGGAUAUAAUUGAGACAAUGAAUAAAUGGUUAGACUCUGAUGAACAAAAUGUUAUAGCAGUUCAUUGUAAAGCUGGUAAAGGUAGAACUGGUACUGUGAUCUCUUCAUAUUUAAUUAACCAAAUGAAAAGAACGACACCAGAUUUAUUCUAUAGUUCUGAUACUAUUCUAUACAAUACGAUAUCAUUCUUUAAUCAAAUGAGAGCAAAUAAUUCCGAAUGUGUGACAGUACCAUCACAAAAGAGAUAUGUAGGUUAUUAUAUCCAAUAUCUACGUGACCAAGUCACUCAUGCAUCAUUAUUAUCACCAGCACAAUUUAAAAUUUUAAAUAUUGAUGUAAUCGGUCUCUAUACUUCAACUCAAACACCUCAUUUCAAUAUUGAAAUUCAUUUAAAUUAUAAUCCAAAAAUUAGAAAUUUACCAAUUAUAAUUCGUGGUAGUAAUACUGGUAUAGUAUUUUAUCAAGAUUUUUAUUCAUAUAUAUUACGUGAAAAAGGUAUUAUUGCAAAAGGUGAUACUUUGAUAAAGUUUAAUUCAUUAGAUUCACCUCAAUGUGUAUUUAGAUUUUUAUUUCAUACUUCAUUUUUAUUAACUCCAACAACACAAGAUUCUCAAUCAAUAAUAACUCUUUAUUUUCAAAAAGAUAAUUUGGAUGGUGGUAGUGGUGGUGCAUUUUUAGAUUCAAAAUAUAAAACUGAUUUUGCUAUUAGGGUCUUAUUGGAACCAAUCCUUUCAAAUAAUAUUAGUAAUAAUAAUAAUUAUAAUAAUAAUAAUAAUAAUAAUAAUAAUAGUAUUGAGAAUAAUAAUGGUGUUGUUUUAAGAAAAGCACCAUUACCACCAGUAAUUAGUAAUAAUACAAACUUUUUUGAUAACAAUAAUAAUAAUAAUAAUAGUUUUAAUAAUAGUAAUAAUAAUAAUUUUAAUAUUAAUAUUAAUAAUUGCAAUGGUAACAGUAUACAACCUCAUGUGCAACAAGCACCACCACCACCAGUACCAUGUAGAUCUAAAAAACCAAUAUAUUCAUAUGAACCAUAUGAAUUAUAG